AAUACCAAACAAAAAAGAGAGAAAGAAAAAUGAAAGAGAAAGGAAGAAAAAAAGGAAUAAUGAUUUAUAAUACGUGUUAAUGUACUCCCCGAGUUUCCCCGAGUGUAAAAGAAGGGUAUUAUACCUAACAGAUGUUCACCUUUAAAUGGAAAUGGAUCAGCAUUAGUUACUCGCGACCUUAAUACGAAUCAGGAUCAAUUUUCGUGCGUUUUAGGUGUUCAAACGUUAAGAAAUUCUAAACUGUGAGAUAUAAGUGAAUUUUUAUUUAAAAUGAUCAACGUUAAUUCUAAUUUAAUGUUUGUCAACUAUCAACAACAACAACAACAACAACAACAACAACUCGAAGUUUUCCAGUAAAAACGUGUGGAUUUCGUGCUUCAUUAAUAAAACAUUUAGAUCAAUUAAAAAAAUGUCAGCCGACGUGAGAGCUGGUCGACCUACAGUGCCAACAAUUCCUCAAUCCAAGAGGCCUACUAUUUUAGUCUAUCCGACAGUAACCCCGGAAAGUAUAAUAAUCCCCAUUGUAUCCUGCAUACUUGGGUUUCCGAUACUGGCCCUAAUGGUAAUAUGCUGCCUAAGAAGAAGAGCCAAAUUGGCGAGAGAACGAGCAAGAAGAAGAAAUUGUGAUUUGGACCACGGUGCCCUUAGCUUAGUCCGUUUUAGUCCUGUUCAUCGUUUAGCAUCCGAAGAGGACUUAGCUGGAGUUGAUCGUCCAACGAGAACCGUGUCUUUGAAAAGUGAUCGAGGAUCAAGAAAAUUUCAAUCCUUAGAAUUGGAUACCGUUGUCGAGGAACGAUCUGAUCCUGAACAAAGUACUGCAUUGGAAUUGAGUAGUCCUGACUAGCAUACAAUAUUGGCACCACCGAGAUCUCCUAGAUUAUCCAAAUCUUUAGCGGUGCCUAUAGAUCAUAGCCCCCUAUGGACAGCUUUGACUCAAGCUAAUACGGUAUCUGCUAACUUUGGAGAUACCUAGCAGGAAAUUGAAGACGAGGGAAGUUACAUCCAAGCUCUCGUCCUUGAUCUGCCAAUUAUUUAUUAAACUACGCUUAUAUCCACAAUGGAGGACAUUUUUCUCAAAAAUAUUCAACUAGAAAAUUUCAACAAGACACUUUUUCGUAUUUGGAAGUGUGUUUUAAAUCGUAGAAUAGUAAUAAUAAUAAUAAUAAUAAAAUUUAAUUGUAAGAUUUAUAAAUAAGCUUUGCAUAUGAGAACAAGAAAAUAUAUAAGAAAUUAAAUUUUAUACAGAAACGAUCAUCUAUUCCUGAUGUCUUGAAACUAAACGUAAAGCUUUUUACAUGUUAGUAAUAAUGAUAAUUAAUUUAAU